AUGAUUCCAUGGGAUAUUCCCACGAGUGAUGAAGAAAUACCACGUUUAACACAUAUUUAUCGAAAUCAACAUUUUCUUGUUUGGCUUGCAGCAAUGGAUCUUGAAUCGAAAGAUAUUUAUAUUCUUCGUACUGUUGAAUGGAAGAAACUAAUUGAAAUUUCCGUUGAUCCAAAACGACAGCGUGGCCGUCGAUCGAAACUUAUUUCAGAUCCAUCGCCGGAACAACCGACAAUUUAUGAUGAAAAUUUGCCUAUUCCAACUUGUGCUCUAUAUCCACCGACUGCUAAUUCCGCUCAAGUAUUAGUUUGGCGACCGACUUCAGGUCAACCGACACUUGUUGUACCACCCAAAUCUAUUGAAAUCAAUACGACAAAUUGUAAGUAA